GAGGGAGGCCAUCUCUCUGUGCUGCGCUCCUUCCUCCUAUCCUCCAGUCAGACUAUAAUACUGAAGGUGCGCUGAAGUGCCUCUGCACAAGCAGGAUGAAUUCCUCACGAUAUCCUUUAGGGAGACUACUGCCGUUGAAGGUGUCGUGCAUGUUGUGCUUGACCAUGUGCCUGUUCAGCGGGCCUCUCUGCUCAGAGGCAGCCAAGCGUCGCUGCGGCUCGGAACUCCUCAGUGACCUCUUGUUUGUGUGCGGUGACCGUGGCCUCUACUUAGGUAAAGGUACAUGGUCUGGAUAUGGUUCUCGGCCCAGGGGGAAGGGGAUCGUGGACAAAUGCUGCCGGUCAAAUGGUUGUGAACUGCAUCAUCUGGAGAUGUACUGCGCUACGGCACAGAAGCAACAGCAGACUACGGCGUGGCCAAGCACAAGCACAAGCAUGGACACCCUCAGCACAAAAGCAACAGACGUGGCUUAUCAGUUCCAAGCGGUAUUUCAGAAAAGACUUUUGCAGCACCUGGGGCCCCCCGACAGUCCAAAGAGAGAGACUUAUAGUAGCAAAAUAAAGCCGUCGUCACGCAGGAAGAUAAACCCACAGCACACGACAAGGGAGGCCCCCACUCCAAGGACAUCGUCUUAACCCAAGAUGACCAUUUGAGUGAGUGAGACUGUCUCAUGGACGCUCCUUGUAGGACUGGUCUGACUUUCACCAGCAGGUGCUUUAUGUCAUAUGUAACUGUUUUGUCCUUUUGGAAAAUGCAACUACUUGUUUCGUGUUUUGCAUAUUUCACUUGAGUUAGUGACAAUUACAGAGUUGCAGAGUUUAACCUCUUUCAUGGGCACAACAUUACGAUCAAAGAUAUUGCGAUAAUCAGGGUUGGAAACGUUACAUGGCAAAAAUGGAUAAAUUAAUAAAUUAAAUGGAUUAAUCAGAAAGCUGUUUUUAGACUAGUGGAGUCAAAUACAACAUAUUAUUGUAUAGAACAUAUUU